GUUCGCUGUACACUUUAACCUUUUUCUCUCUUUGUUCUUCCCGUUUUCUACUGAACCUCACUGUUCCCUACGCGUUUGGGCGCGAAGCCUCUUAGAAAAUGUGCUUUCCCUCAUCCUCAUAAGGCAUAUACCUCCCGGUUCCCCCACCCAAAUCCCACCGCCCCGUCCCCCGAGUUCGGAUCACUAACGCCACUGUUAACGCGAGCACGCGAAUCGCACGCGUCCCAUCGCGCGCCAUGGUGGUACCCAAGGCGAAGGCGUGGGCCUCGGCGGCGCCGGGCCCAGGCGCCCUCGGGAUCCUUGCGUUCGAGGCGGCUGCGUCGAUGUCGCGCCUCGUGGCCCUCCACCGCUCCCUCUCCGAGCCCGAGGUCGCCCGGCUCCGCUCCGACACCAUGCGGUCCCAGGGCGUCGCCUACCUCGUCUCCACCGACCAGUCCCUCCUCCUCCGCCUCGCCUGCGCCGAGCUCCUCUCCGACCUCGACCGCUCCGCCGCCGCCGUCGCCCGCUUCGGCUCCCGCUGCGGCGACGACUCCCCCCUCGUCCGCGACUUCGCCCUCGUCUACGCCGCCCUCAAGACGGGCUCGGCGGACCUCGACCGGUUCGGCCUCCGCCUCACGGGGAGCCGAGUUCAGAAGAAAUUCGCCAAGAUGGAGAGGUUCGUCCGCGCGACCGCGAAGCUGAGCGAGGAGAUGGAGGCGCUGGACGAGUUGGAGGCGGCGGAGCGGAAGAUGGCGCAGCGCUGGGCCCGAUUCAGCGGGCCGCUGCCGCUGCUGAAGCCCGAGGCGUCGCCGGUGAUCUGCUCCGACUCGUUCCGGCUCGAGCUCAGGUCGUCGCGCCAGAGAGUCCGGCGGUUCAAGGCCGAGUCGCUCUGGUGCCGCAGCUUCGAGAAAGCCGCUCGGCUCAUGGCUCUCUCCGCAUGCGCGCUGUUCGCGCGGAUCUGCCUCGUCUUCGGACCCUUCGUCCCCGGCCUCCCCCCGGUCUUCAUAUCCGACCGGACCCGAGUCCGGUUCGCUCCGGUCCACAAGCUCCGGCUCAGCUACCCUUGGCCGUCGUCGCAGGGCAAGUACUCCAGCUCCGGGCCAAUCGAGAGACGGCACGCGGCGGCCGAGGACGUCGUCCGCGUCAGCAACUCGUGUCCUAUCUUCGGGGGCGGCAGGGAGGCAAACGCCAAGGCCGAGACGGAUUGGAGGAAGGUUCUAGAAGCUUCGCCGGACACGGUGGGGGCGGCGGGGCUGGCGCUGCGGUACGCGAACGUGGUGGUGGCGGCGGAGCGGCUGCUGCGGGCGGAGGCCGCGGGGCUGGAGGAGGACGCGGCGGCCGAGAGGGAGGAAAUCUACGAGAUGCUGCCGGCCGCGAUGCGGUCGACCGUCCGAGCGAAGCUCCGGGAUUGGUGGAAGGAUCGGGGCCCGCUGGACCGGCGGCUGGCGGAGGGGUGGAAGGAGGCGGUAGAGCGGAUACUGGCGUGGCUGGGGCCGAUGGCGCACGACACGGUGCAGUGGCAGGAGGAGAGGAAUAUGGACCGGCGGCGGCGGUUCGACACCCGGCCUCGCGCGCUGAUGAUUCAGACCCUGCAUCUGUCGAACAGGGAGAAGACGGAGGCGGCGAUUGCCGAGGUGUUGGUGGGGCUCAGCUGUGCAUGCUGGUACUCGGAGCUGCCGCGAGGACCGUCGUCGUUCCGGUUUUAAAUUUUUUUUUUAAAAAAAAAUUCAAAGAAAACAUAGAAAUUAGUGUAUUACUAUAUGGUAAGCUAAAUUGCGAAUUUGUUUUGAGAAUUUUUUAUAUCUUAUAUUAAUUUAGAGUUCGACCAAGUGCACGGUGCACUAAGAAAAAUAAUUAGUACAGCUUCAAGGCUCAAUCGCAGUCAUUUAUAUUUGUCCACAUUCAUCCACCAAAGUGCACUGUGAAUUUUAGCUCCUGCUACCAGAUCGUUAGUAGGGGAAUAAAGAGUAGUAUUAUAUGACUUCGAUUGAGCUUUUAAAUUGGCGAAUUAUAAUUUUUUUUUUUUUUUUACUGCACCGUGUAGUUGAGAUGGCUUUCUUGGUUGAUAUGUCGUUGUUUAUUUUUAGUUCUAAUUUGUUAUUCUAUUUAUAAAUGAAUAAAUUUUGGCUAUUGCUGGUUCCUGGUUA